GUUGUUGUCCUGCUGAACGCCGCGCUUUUAGUCUUCACGGCGUCUCUCAGGAGAAGGACGCUAGAAGACGCUUUUCGGUACGUCCGUCUCGAACGUUUCGUCGGCUUUCAGCCGCUUAAAGUGCGCUUUUAUCCGCAAUCAUUUUUCCAACUUGUUCAGUGCCCUGAUAUUGUGACUGGUCAAUUUUGCUUGUUGAAGUGGUUUAUGGAAACUUAGGAAUUUUUAUUUUGCCCAAGGUUGCUGAACUGAUACCAGGAGCGCGGAAGAUCAGAACUUGGAAGCACUGUACCUUAGACUUUGGUUGACAACAUCAACCAUCAUUUGUGGAUUUGUUUUGUCUGCGACUAGCCAUGAUUAUCCUUUGGCUCUUUAGUUUGGCAGGCGGACUGGCAUUGGGUUUACCGUCAAUGAGAGAUAGUCUAACCAAUCCAGUACACGUUUACGAUGGAGAUGACGCUCUAAUAACUUGCGUCGUUCGAGAUAUCGGCUCUAACACCGUAAUGUGGAAGAAAGAAGAUAGAGAACGGCACAGCACUAGAGUUCUAACUGCUGGAGAGAAUCGAGUGACUGCAGACAAAAGAUUUAGUGUCUUGCAUGACUCUGGUACUGAUCAGGACGAGUUUGGAAGCGACCUUCCUUCAGGCGGGGACGUUUGGGUUCUGGUGAUUAAAACGGCAAAACCCAACGAUUCAGGCAUUUAUGUUUGCGAAGUGAACAGCAACCCUAUAGUGAGAAGCUUCCACAGGUUAAAUGUUCUAUCCAGAGCCAUAACAGCAAACCCAACCGAUGUGAUAAUAUACGAAGACCCUAAACCGACAAGUGACGGAAUUAAAAAGCACAACUACACCGAAUGCUGUGUGGCUCAAAACGUUUCUUCCCGCUGUAUGGGAUUCUGUAACAUCCAAAGUAUACUGGAAGGCAGUACCGGGCAGGACCCAGAAAACUGCGAGCAAGACUUUCCAGCGAUUGUGCGUUGUAUGGCCGAUGGCAGGAAUCAUGUUCCGUGCUGCAUCCAUGAAAGAAUCCCGGAUAUUUGCCAGGAUGUGUGCCGUGGCGAGUACACAGCCAUCACAGAGAACAUCAAGACCCAUUUCUCAUGUUCCGCCUACACGGAGCAAACGCUCGCCUGCAUUAUGGAUGGAAUUGACUUAUUACCCGGCCAACCUGAGAAUGUGGAAGUGGAGCCGUUGAGUGAAACGUCCAUCAAAGUGGAAUGGUCGCCGCCUCAUGCCAACAGCGAAACCAUCACGGAAUAUUUGGUGAACUUAACAGCCCUUAGAAGUUUCCAUGAAAACUCCGAAGAGGAUUUGAGAGCGGGCGGUAUGAAUGAAAGCGCCAACACGAUUGUUCAUAAAGUAGGUAGCAAACUAACGUUGGAGGUUUUUUGCAAUUUUUUGUCCUUGCAGAUUACCAAAGAUCUGAACUCCACAAUAUUCAGCAAUUUGCUUCCAUUCACCUGGUACGCAGUCACAGUGGUUUCCCACAAUAUUAUUGGCUCCUCGUUGCCCACAUACACGGUGAAGACUUUGACUUUAGCUCCUGGCAAGGUGAUCCAGAGUGUUAAAGGAAAAGCGCCUCCAUUGCCUGACAUCAAGAGCUGCUGCUCCAAUAAAGGCAUUGCCCAUAAAACGUGCCUCAGCAAGCUUUGCGACCCCAUUGAAGCUGAACGAGUGGAAAUAACUGAUCUUAUGAUAUGCGCCCCAUGGGCGCCAGACACCUUUGGUUGCCUGACCAACGGCAUCGAUCACACCCCCUGCUGCAAAGAGCGAGGUUUGCCUGAUAUCUGCCAGCAGCUUUGCACUGGCAACGUUUCCAGCCUGGAUUUCAACUACUUUAAAUGUUUGCGAUACAUGGGAGAGUACACCAACUGCCUCCUUCAGGGCUACGGCGUUUUGCCCAGCGCUCCUACUCAAGUGCACAUUACGAAUGUGGAAAGCGAAUUCGCCCUUCUGCAUUGGUCGCCACCUAAAAAGCUGGGGGAGACCGUACUCAGCUACAACGUCCACAUUCGGCCAGUAAAUUCAGAGGAAGACGAUGACGAUGAGGAACCAGAAUACAAGAUUAUACCGCACGCUAGAAGCAUCUGGGUGCUGGAAGGCUUGCAAAGUGUCACAGACUACGAAGUAUAUGUUGAGGCUGUUAAUGUGCAUGGCGUGGGCAAUCCCAGUCCAAGACUGACCUUCAGAACCGGAAGCAAAAUUGAAGAAGACGAAAUUGAAGAAGCGGCGGCCUACAAUGUAACAGCUUGCUGUGUAGAAGCGAACCUCAACAGCGUGUGUCUGCCGCUGUGCUCCUACAACGCCAACAUGAACGACAUUAAACGACUAGCGGUUUGUGGAACAGAAUUCCACACGAUUCUUCGUUGCGCCGCUGGAGGAAGAAACCACGGAAGCUGCUGCAGCAGAAGGGGCGUCCCUUCAACAUGCCUAUCGCUCUGCUCAGGAGUACUGGUGGAUUCUUUACGUCACACUGCGCUCAAUUGCGUAACUUACAUAGGCAACAUUGUGCAAUGCUUUGAAGAAGGCACUGGUACAUUACCUGCUGCUGUUUCCGGUGUGCACGCGAUAGCUGCAGAUGCAUCUAGUAUCAUCCUUGAAUGGUCGCCUCCCGAAGAAGGACCAAACGUGACCGACUACGUGAUCCACUACCAAAAAGUCGACAACAACACCAUGCACGAGACUCUAAUUAAGCUGGACAAGCAAAUCAACACCACUGGCUUCUAUUACGCCCUCACUGACCUCGAGGAGAACGCCAUGUAUCAAGUGUUUGUGGUGGCGAGAAAUGCGUACGGCACCUCUUUGCCCUCGUCCAUAGUUUUUAUCAAACUGGCGAACGGCAAUGAGAGCAAGUGGGUCAACGGAGUCACCUCUCCUCCUCACUCCUUGGCUGUGGCCAGUCACAGUGCCACUUGGGUUACCAUCACAUGGCAACCUCCGGAAUUCAGCCAUCCAUCCGAGCAGAUCUCCUACAGAUUAUUCCACAAGUCAACCUCAGAUGAGGGCUACCAAGUGAAAAACACCUCAGUCACAUCCCACAUGAUCAAAGACCUCAGUCCCAACACCCAAUACAUUGUCUAUGUGGAAGCGGUAACGGAGAAGGGAGUUAGCAUGCCUUCAGAGACACUGAUCGCAUGGACGGAUCCAGCAUAUCCAGCGUUUGUAGAGCCACCUACAGUGCAUCCAAUUAAUCUGGUGAUUGAGGGCAGCAGCAUGACGAUUCUAUGCAUCGCAAUGGGCAAUCCGAUGCCCACCAUCUCCCUUUACAUAUCAGGAAGGCUCGUCAGGCAAGAUACCACUCGGCAUAUGGUUACAGUGAUCAACAAUGUGACCAGGGACAUGAACGAAAUUUCCUGCUACGCGGACAAUGGAUAUGGCACCCCUAUGCAGGCUUCUAGAAAAAUCACCAUUAGUCAUUUACCGCAAAUCAACGCCAGUGGAAUCACAAUGGCAACAAUAGGCGACUCAGUAACAUUAGAAUGUAGAGUGGAAGCCACUCCCGAGCCAAAGAUGAUCUUCUGGCGAAACCAUGAAGAUCGAACGCCGGUUGUGCAGGGCGGCAAGUACGACAUUGAGAUACUGAAGGCAAAAGACGCGGAAGACAAAUACAUCAUGCACCUGACGCUGAAGCAAAUUACAGAUUUGGAUGUGGGUGAGUAUUACUGUCAUGCAGAGAACGCGUUCGGGAGUGCGACUCAACCAGUCUCAGUGCGGAUCAGAAACAUUGCCACCAUCAACAAUGUGACUCAAUGCUGCAUGGAGCAGAACGUGUCUUCAACGUGUAUGGAUGCGUGCUCGUUCCAUCUGGAUAUUGAUGCGGUGAUUGAUAAGCCGGCAUGCAUACCAGAAUUUGAUAAACUCAUGAAAUGCGCAGCCGAUGGUUCAGACCAUCGAAAUUGCUGCGCUCACGCAAAUGUGCCCAGACGAUGCCUGGAUUGGUGCAGAGGAGAGCCAAUCCUCAGCACCAAAGUCUGCGUUCUCUCCUAUACCAAACAUAUCAUGGGGUGUUUCCAUGAACUCAGGGAUAAGCUACCGGGACCACCUCAAAAUGUUCAAGUGAAAUUUAUCGACGCGCACUCUGUGUUCAUUACGUGGGAUCCUCCAGUGAAGAAUCCUCAUACGGUGGAAAUGUACAGGGUGUUUUGGCGGCCGGUCGACUCCCCGAACAAAUCUAGUCAGAAAAAUGAUACAGCAGACACCAAAUUGCAAAUUCACGAUCUAAAGGAUGGCACCGCCUAUGAAGCAGUGGUUAAAGCGGGGAACAGCAAAGGCACUUCCACUCUAGCUGAGCCCAUCAAGUUCGUGAUGGGAGAAAAAUCGCUGAUUAUAACUCCAGCAGCUAGUCAAAGUCAAGAAGGAAACAACGUGGGUGAAGCGGUAGCCAUUAUUUUGGCCUUGUUAGUGGUAGGAGCCAUCAUCGCAGCCACAAUAUGGUUUGUGCGGACAAAGAAAAUGCUUGGAAUCAAGGGGACGAAUGGAAUAGCAUUUGAAAACCCCAGCUAUCUGAGGGAAGUCAACACGGACAAUGUGCAGAUCACAAAUGGACAGGAAAGCACAACGUCGUCACUAAACAGUUCGGCCAACGGCAGCAUUUCCAUAUCGAGUACUUCGGGCGGCCAGGGCUGGAAAAAUGAGCAACUCCAUGUUCCGGCAACGGCUCAAGAAGUCAACCCAACACUGUACGAGGAACUUAAAUUAGGUCAAGAUGGGGCUGGAUUCAAGAGGCUUAAGCCCUAGUAUGAGGAAGUGGCGAAAAUUAGGGGCCAAGAGUCUCGCUUUUGAAUGUAGGUAAAUCAUUUGUGGCCCCCAACUAUAUUGUGAUAGCGGUAGACACGGAUUGUAGUUUUACAUUGCCCUAACAAUGGUGAACGCAUGUAUAAUAAUUCCAGACUUCAACAAGACAGUUUGCGUAUGCCUAGAAUAUUUAUAUUGUAUAGAUUAUUUACUAGUUACUACUACUAAGUAGAAAGUCGGUUAUAAUCAGGCAAAACCUCCAAUUUUCCAUCAGUAAAGAUUCAACAUUUCACUAAACAAACACGGAAAGGGUGCCAUUUUAGGGCCAGGGUAUUGUACAUAUUUUAUUUGAUAUUCUAGCAAUACCUCAACAGUAUAUAUCAUUUUAGUUUAGAUUAAUUCGACUUUAGGUUACUUAAAGGAUAUUUCUUAGGUUUUAAGUAAAAAAUGUGAUUUAAUUUAAAAGCAGUAAAAAAACGCAAAAAGUUGUAGUUUGUACUAAAAUCAAAAGAAAAAUUUAGCAUAACAAAUGGUGUCUUUCAGAAUUAGUCCACAGUUUUUAUUUGCUUAUAACCCGAAACAAACCGUGAAUUGAAAAAGUGAUCAAUGUUAAAUUUUGCGGCGCCCUAAUUCUGAAUAACACUAAAAUUAGCUUUAAAUGGGUAAGUGCUCGAAUAUUUUUGUGGGAAAACAGUAAAUUUUUUUAUCGGUUUAUAGGAUUACUACAGAGUGGACAGAGGAGAAAGGCCGGACCGAAAAUACUCUAAUUUUGUUUGUAUGUAUUGAAUGAAAAACAAAUUGGAUUUAUUAAGUGAAGAUACCAUUGAAGUUAGAUAAAAAAGGAAAAGUUCAAUCAGUUUAAAAUGGAAAUGAUCAAUUUAUAACACAGCGGUAAAUUAUCCGAGUAAAUUUUAGAAACAAUCUUCCCGUGUACUCCGAAAGAAUUCAUGUGCUUUUUUAUACGAAUUUUAACCGAAUAUAUUUCAUUUUUGUUUGGGCGUUUCUGUGCCGCUGCGUAUACAAUUUGUUUUUCUCUAUUCUAUUAUUUUAGUUUUGACAUUUUUAUCUAUGCCUGCGUAAAUAACAUAACAAGCAACAUUUAAUAAAAGGAUAACGUGACUGAAAUUACAUUCCAUCUCAAAAUUCUUGUUGGGAUAAAAUGUGGGAUUUUCGGGUUCUUGGCAGUCACACCGAUUGUUCCGAUCAAAAUCACUUCGAUCGAAUAUUUUUGGAUGAAACUUGGUUCUAAGACUAGAUAAAUAAUUGUAAAAAUACUGUUAAUGUUAGCUUAGAAUUAACACCACAUGACUGAGUGUGAAAAGUAGCGGAAAACAACAAUAGUGUUCCAAUCAACAAUCCAACAUUCCGUCAAACGAAUGUUGUUGUAGCUCGACAUCAUAUUUGUGUAAACUCUACGCAAUGUUAAUGUGCCUUUGUCAUUUCUUUCAUAUGGGUAGUUCGACUUGUACUACCGUGGACUUCAUGUAAAUAGUUUUUAAAAUUUGUAAAAUAACGUUAUGUGUUACUAAAUGUAGUAGAUAAUACGAAAUAAAUAAUAAUUGACAAACCAA